AUGGGACCACCCAAAAUCGUCCAGCUAGACGGCCAUGAAAUCAAAGCAACAAAGGUCGAGCACCUAGAUCCACGUCGAACAGUGUACCGCUUUCGCCUCGAACCAAACUCGUAUCGACAUAUAAUCCCAGAAUCAGCCACAUCUGUCAUCAUCAAGCAACUAAAAGACGACCGGGAAGAAAAAUUCGAAGAUGAACAAACAGCCUACACCAAACUAAAAGACCUCCAGGGGGGAGUUAUCCCAGAAUUCUACGGCCAGGGGUACUACGACGGGCUACCUGCACUUGUAUUAUCAGAUAUCCCGGGGAUUACUUUGGAGGAUCUGACUCGCAGCAACGAAGAAGUCCCUGAGAACCUGAUAAAGUCUUAUCUGGAAGAUGUCUUUGAUAAGCUUUCGAAGUAUCAAGCUUUUUAUCUAGAUCAGAAACUGGAUAACUUCAUACUAUGUGGUGAUCGGGAACAUGGGUAUAGUAAGGUGAUGGCUGUUGAUCUCGAGAAUGUGGAGAUUCCGAGUCAACUUCGUCCGUGGCAUUGGUCUAUCAAUCAAGAGGGGCCAAGGUCUUUGAUGGAGGAGUUUAAGUAUAGACGGAAUCCGAAGAGUGAGUCAAUUCCGCUUGAGAUGUGGAAGGUUGGACAGGAUAAGGGUGCUUCGUAA